CGAGGGAAAAGUUGAAAAUAAUUUGUGAAAUAUAAAGCGGAUAUUAAUUCUAUUAUGUUCAGGAGAAUCAAAGUAAAUUCAGCUUUACUUGGUUUUAGAUACAAAUCAUUCAAACUAACACAAAUUGAAUCAACAAAAAUAUCGAAAGCAGAUAAAGUGAAGAAGUUACAUUAUGAAAAUAAAUAUUUAUAUGGUUCAAAGAUCAAGACUGCUAAAGGAUCAAAUAAAGAGGUGAAACAGACAAAUGAACCAGUUGAUCAAAACGAUAUUUCAUCUGAAAUUUAUUGGCAAUGUAUUCACGUUCCAAAGAUACCAGAUUUAAGUUCAGUGAAGAAAAAAGUAAAGACAAAAUCAAAUGCAGCUGAUGACACUCUUUCAAAACCUAAGAAUAGAAACAAUAAGAACAAAACCGAAAAAAAUCUUUCAGACAAAUGGACUGAAGAAGAUUCCAAAUCAUUGCAAAACACGAAAUCACCAAAACAACCGAAAUCGAAUUCUCUGAGUGCGACAAAGCAGCCAAAACUUCCUGACAGUUUAAGCAAACUUCAAACAAAUCUUCAAGAAGUCAAAGUUUAUAUAAAGAAAACAUUGGAUGAAGAUUUAAAAGUUCCGCCAACUGCACAAGACGAUGAAGAGAUUGAAGAACGUGACAUCCCUUUUGAGAAUAAUCAAUUAAGAGCAAUUCCUAAUUUCCCACUUUUCUUAGAUGGCAAAAAUAUCAUUGAACCCUUUUAUGAGAAUUUAAAUUCAGAUAAAAGUUAUUUUAUUCCCAGUGUGAGUAAAAUUCUCCAAGCAACGAUGCCAGAAAGUCAACGACUUGCUUUAAUUCAAUGGAAGAAUUUAAAGAUAUCGGAAUUAGGAUUUGAAGGGUUUCAAUUGAUGCAACAAUCACAUUUAAAUCGUGGUAAGAUGUUCCAUGAAUAUCUUCACAAACAUUUCAGUGGUGAAACUGUCGUAAAGUCUGAAAUAUCAUCAGAAGUUCUCGAGAUUUGGAACAGUGUUGAACCGUACUUAGAAAUGUUUCAAACUCCUGGAGUCAUAACUGAAGAACAUGUAAAACAUCCGCAACUUCAUUACAAAGGAAUUGUUGAUUGUGUAAGUUUUCAUAAUUCUACAUUAUCUGUGAUUGAAUGGAAGAAAUCUGAUCGACAAAAAAAGACAAUCAACUUCACUUAUGACGCUCCUGUUCAACUUUGUUCAUAUCUUGGUGCACUUAACGCUUCUCGAGGUGAAUUCCUAGAGAAUCCAAUCAAACAUGGAGUCAUUGUUGUUGCUUACAACGACGGACAAAAAGCAAAUCUCUUCGAAUUGAAAGAAGCCGAUCUGAAGAAAUAUUGGAAAAUUUGGUUGACAAGAUUACAAGAAUAUUGGGUUCGUUAUAAAGACAACACGCUGCCUGAUCCUGUUUAAGAAUUUUUAAAUUUUAAGAGACGAAAAGAAGAUUUGUAACAAAGUUGUUAAUAUGAAAUUUAAAAAUAAAAUAAAAAAUUUCUAUAAAAGUCAAAA